AUGCAUACAUAUAAACUUCUAUUUCUAUUCACCUGGACUAAACUUUGCGUCCUCGGCCUCAACCUUCAGUACGAUGAAUUCUAUUCAAAGUCUUUUGUUCCCAAUGAUAUCUUUGUCAGCUAUAGCGUUGAAAAUAUGGAGGAACUCAACUAUAAUAUGACUGUGAGGGAACAAUUUCCUGGCAAAUUGUUAAUGCAUGUCUUUGCUCGCCGGUUGGAUAAUGUUCCAGGCGGAUCGAAGACCGUGGAGAUGAUAAAAAUGAAGAAUUUAGAUUUCUGUAAAACACUCGAGUCGCUGCGCAAUUUAACCUUAGAUGAUCUACAAGGGGAAUCCUUAAUGCCAUCGACAUUUUUGAUGUCCUGUCCGUUGACACCGGGUUUCUAUUAUGUGGAUCAUGGAUCUAUUGAUGUCAACUUGUUUCCACUGCGCCUUGAGGAUGGCAGAUAUUUGGUGCAAUUCGAAUUGAUUCAGGUCUACGAUGAGGUCAUCAAAUUACUCAAUUGUAAAAUCAAAUUAAGAAAGAAGAAAAGUGAAGAGCCACAUAAAAAGGAGGAUUUAUUCUCCUCAGAGGAGAAAACUUAGAA